CUCCCUAGUGACCCCACCCACCUUCCUUAACACCCCACCUACCCUUCUCAAUUCUCCCCAACCUCAACUGUCCACGAACACCCCACCCUCCUGAACUCGCCCUCCCACCUUGCUCAAUUCCUUGCCUCUACAGCUCCUCCCUCACUACCAUUCAGGGCUCCAAAUAGUUUUUUGAAGUGAGGCGGUUCUUAACCAUGAGUCUUUUGGGGUCAUCUACUGUAUCUGGUGCUCCUGACGUAGACUGGGAGACUGUUUCUUUGAGCACCUUGCUCAGUCAACCACAAAAAGCAGGAUUUUCCACUCCACCCAUUUCAAUUCUACUUCCCAUUCCAAUUCCAGCAUGUCAGUCCAUGGCCUCCUAGAUUGCCUCGAUGAGGUCACAUUCAGAUUUGAGGAGCAACACCUUAUAUGCCAUCUGGAUAGCUUCCAACCUGAUAGCAUGAACGUUAAUGUCUCAAACUUCAGUAACUGUCCAAACCCUCCUCUCCUUCACCAUUCCCCAUUUUUAAAGGGCUGGAGAAAGGGUAAUCUGAUGGGAAAGAACAGUAGACCAUGGAGGGAAGGGAAGGAGUACCAGAGGGAGAUAAGAAAAGUUCCCUUUCAUACCUCUUAUCUGCUCAUGACCUCCCUCUGGUGGUACUCCUCUUCCUUUUCUUCCAUGGUCUUCUGUUCUUUCCGAUCAGAUUACUCUUUCUCCAGUCCUUUAUCUCUUUCGCCAAUCAGCUUCCCAGCUCUGUGUUUCAUCUAUCACCUGCUACCUUGCACUUCUUCCUCACAUCCCCUCACCUACUUAUGCUGAUUUCUUCUCCCUUCCUCAUCAGUCCCAGUGAUGGGUCUUGGCGUGACACUUCAACUGUUCAUUCCCAUCCUGACCUGCUGAGCUCCUCCAGCACUUUGUGUGUAUUGCUCUAGAUUUCCAGCAUCUGCAGUACCUCUUCUGUAUAUGUAUUCCAUUUUCAGCGUUUCAUAAAAUUCCUUUAUCUCCCAUUUGAGAGUUUCUUAUUUUGAUUCUGUUCAUGGAUCGUUCAUCUUCCUCAUUAGGAUAAUAAUAUUUAAAUCUCAUCAGAGUAUGAAUACAGCAUUGGUACUAUCUGAGACUUGGUAUCAAUUGAAAUACAUCUUUGAAGAAAUGGUGUUGCACUCCUAGUUGACAUAUUAAUUUGCAACCAGACAUGAGAUGAAACAAAUUCUGAAGGCACUAUGUUUAAUUCAGUUGUUGCUUGGCGUGGAGGAGUAUUGAUUCAUCAUCUGAAGAUUAAGAUGGCAGAAAACAAACUGAAGAAUUUAGUUUCAAAACGGACUUUAAGUAAAAGAGGACAGGAGGAUCUGAGGAAGAAGGAAGAAGAGCUAAAGGCAGCUGAAAUCUAUGAAGAGUUUUUAGCCUCGUUUGACUCAGGUGAUACAGGAAAUGUAAAAACUUUUGUGAGAGGCGAAGUUGUAAAUGCUGCUAAAGCUGAGACUGAAAGAAAUGAAAGGAGAACCAAAUUAUAUAAACCGAAGGCUAAGUUUGGUGAAAUAAAGACAUUGCAGCAAGGUACACCUCGCAGACCUACUACUACUUCUGACGUGAAGAAACCUAACAUCAAAAAAUUAAAAGAUGAAAAAAAGAAGAGUAAUUUGGAAAUAUUCAAAGAAGAGCUCAAACAGAUUCAAGAAGAGCGUGAAGAGAGGCAUAAAAAUAAGAAAAGGUCUAAAGAGGGAAAUUUAAGACCAAGUAGAUUUGAACCAAUGCCUCCUGAAACAGAACAUCAGAUAAACAGACGUGUUUUGCUUGAUGAAACUCCAGGGUCAUAUGAUUCAGGGGAUCCUCAUACUACAAAUUUGUAUGUUGGGAACAUAAACCCACAGAUGGAUGAAGAGAUGCUUUGCAAGGAAUUUGGUAAAUUUGGACCUUUGGCAAGUGUAAAAAUCAUGUGGCCUAGAACAGAGGAGGAAAGAGCUAGACUCCGAAACUGUGGUUUUGUUGCCUUCAUGAACAGAAAGCAUGCAGAUAAAGCACUUAAAUCUCUCAAUGGGAAAUUUAUAAUGGGAUAUGAAAUGAAGCUGGGUUGGGGGAAGGCAGUGCCUACCCCUCCAUACCCUAUAUAUAUUCCACCAGCUAUGAUGGAAUUGACUCUACCUCCUCCUCCAUCGGGUUUACCUUUUAAUGCACAGCCUAGAGUGAGACUGAAGAACCCUGAUAUGCCACUCCGACCAUCAAAAUCCAAAGAGGAAUUUGAGAAGACUCUGUCCGAAGCCGUAGUCAAAGUGGUUAUCCCAACAGAAAGGAAUCUCUUGUGCCUAAUUCAUCGAAUGAUCGAAUUUGUAGUUCGUGAAGGUCCAGCUUUUGAAGCUUUAAUUAUGAGUAGAGAAAUUAAUAACCCUCAAUUUAGGUUCCUUUUUGAUAACAAGGACCCAGCACACGUUUAUUAUAGGUGGAAGCUGUUUUCUAUUCUUCAGGGUGAUUCCCCUACAAAAUGGCGGACUGACGAUUUCCGGAUAUUUAAGUGUGGUUCGGUGUGGCAUCCUCCACCUAUGAAUCCCUAUUUGCAAGGUAUGCCAGAAGACACAGAAGUUGAUAUGCCUGUUGAAUCAGAGGAACCAGUGAAGAAAGGGCAACUGAAGGAUGUGCAAAGAGAUAAAUUGGAGAAUAUCUUGAGAGGUUUGGCACCUCAUCGCAAUGGUAUAGGCGAUGCUAUGGUCUUCUGUUUGAAUAAUGCAGAGGCUGCAGAGGAAAUAGUGGAUUGUAUUGCAGAAUCACUGUCUAUUUUACAGACUCCACUGCAGAAAAAGAUAGCAAGAUUGUACUUGGUGUCGGACAUACUCUAUAAUUCCUGUGCCAAAGUUGCUAAUGCAUCUUAUUAUAGGAAAUACUUUGAAACCAAACUCCCUCAGAUAUUUACUGAUUUACAUGAAGCACAUAAAGUGAUUCAAGCGAGGCUUCAAGCAGAACAGUUCAAGCAAAAGAUAAUGUCAUGUUUUAGAGCAUGGGAAGACUGGGCUGUUUAUCCAGAGCCUUUUCUCAUUAGGCUACAGAAUUUAUUCCUUGGACUCAUGAAACUGGAUGAUGAUGGAUUGGAAAGGCCAGUGGUGCACGACGAUGUGGAUGGGAUGCCAAUUGAUAGUGACCCCAUUGCUUCAUUAGAUGAUGUUGAUGGAUUGCCAAUUGAUGGAAUUCCACUAGAUGGAGCACUGUUAGAUGACAUUGAUGGGAUUCCUUUGAAAUCAAUUGACGACCUUGAUGGCAUGCCAAUGGAUGAAAUUAUAGUUACUAAAAAGGAGGAACCAUUCCUAAAAAUUGCUCCUUCAAAAUGGGAAACUGUGGAUGGAUCUGAGUUGGAAGCUCAUGCAAUUACCACAUCAAAAUGGGAUCUUCUUGAUCACACAGAGUCAGAAGAAAAGGAUGAGAUUCAGAAGGAAAUGAAAGAGGAAUUGGAGGAGGAGGAAGAAGAUGAGGAUGGUUUUGAGAUGGACAAAUUAUUACCAAAGGAAGAGCCCAGUGAAUCCAGAUCUCAAAAAAUGUUAGAAGUGUAUGAAGAGAAGCGUGCCAAACUGCGAGAAAUUGAACUGAAAGUAAUGAAAUUUCAAGAUGAAUUGGAAUCUGGUAAAAGGACUAAGAAAUCAGGAAUGACUUUUCAACAACAGGUUGAACAUUACAGAAGUAAACUAUUACAGAAGGGAAUGGAAAAGGACCAGGAUAAAGAACUAGAGAAAGAAGUUUGUGAUACAGAGAAAAUAAAAGAAAUAUACAAAGAGAAAGACAGCAAAGAGAAGAUUAGAACUGAAGAAAAGAUCAAGGACAAAGAUAAAAUCAAAAGCAAAGAUAAAGACAAGAUCAAGGUGAAAAACAAGGAAAAAGAUCGCAGUAAAGAUCGAACACGGACUAAAGAGAAGCACAAAGACAAAGGGAUUUCCUUGUCACCUUCCAGGAAAAAGAGGUGUACCAGCUCACCAAGUCCCUCGAGAAGCAUCAGAUGUGAAAUAGCCAAGUCUCCUUGGUCUGAGAGAUCAUUGCUAAAAGAAAAUACCCUGUCUAGGUCUCCAUCUCCAGCAUAUAAAGAGUCUCCAAAGCAUAGCAGCAAGCGGAAAAAAAGAUCUUGGUCAAGAUCUAAAUCUCCUAAAAAAUCAAAGCAUUCUCACUCAAGUUCUCCAAAACAAUCAAGAAGAUCACGGUCACGCUCCAGGACUCCUCAUCGGUCUCACAAGAAGCCAAAGAAGAGCAAACGCUAACAAUCCAUUAGGUUUAUGUACAUAAAUGAUGAUGCAGCAUUUUUUGUACUUUGUUUUGCUCUGUUACUCUCUUCCAUUUGUUUUAUAGAUGGAAUAAAUACUUUUGUAUUUGGAUGACUGCAACUCAUGUUUAAAAUGGGAAUGUGAUUCAGAUCUAAAAAUAAUAAUAAUUAGAAAUCAUCUCCGUAACUACUGUUAAUGCCAAUGUAAAGAUUUCACCUCUGUACCCAUAGUUUUGCGUUGGCUUCAAUUCAAAAAUUUCUGAUUUUAUAAAAAUAAUGUAGAACUGGAACUGCAGGGUCAGUAUUUUGGUUUUGUGACCCAUCAGAGGAUCUUAGUAGUUUAUGUAAUUAUCAAAUUUAAAUAAAGUUUUGUGGCUCCGU